AUGAGAUACGCACCAGAGUUCAAAAAGUCCCCCUCGCACCUCCUGAAGAAAUUUGCAGUGUGUGACAUUCCUCUGUACGACAUCUGUGACUACAACGUCACCAGGGACCGCUGCAAGGAGCUCGGCUGCUGCUUUUAUAAGGGCGUGUGCUACGAGAAAGCCGUCCCCGUCUAUGUGCAGGUGUUCUCUGCCUUGAUCGUGAUCAUUGCCGGGGCCUUCAUCAUCACUAUCAUUUACAGAGUCGUUCAAGAGAACAGGAGAGAAAAGGAAGCGCCCACAGGCAUACCUCUGUUUCCCAAGUCCAGCAAGACAGCGGAGGCAGCCCCAUCAGGCGAGCAGGCGGCCUCCCAGCCCGCGAGUAUGGAGCCCUUGGGCAAGAGUGAGAUCAUCAGGGAGGAGGACGGUGAGCACCUGGCCAGGUUAGAGAUGGAAGCACCCUAA